GCCCAGCGCAGUAAAUCCUCAGUCCCCCUGAUUCUUGCUAUGGAGAGCGGCAAAGCCAAGACUGGUACAUUUAGCCUUGAGUGUGUCAUUGUGUUCUAACGUUGCUUGUAAGCCUGCAAACUCUGCACCCACUCAUUCAUCUCGAGCCCAGCAAGCCACCUACACAUGAUGUCUGGAAACUGCCACCCUGCCCUUUUGUUGCUUGUUUUGGCAACCUUUGGCAUGGCAGAAGAUGCUGCCAUCCAGUGCCCCCCCUGCUCACAAGAAAAGCUCAUCCGCUGCACAGACCCUGUUGGGUGCCAAGAACUGGUGAAAGAACCAGGUUGUGGGUGCUGUGCUACCUGUGCCCUCCCAAAAGGAGCCCCCUGUGGCGUGUACACUGCCCGCUGUGGCACUGGACUCCGCUGUUAUCCCCCCAGAGGGAGCGAAAAGCCACUGCACACCCUUAUGCACGGGCAGGGUCUCUGCACUGAGAUUGGGGAGAUUGAGUCCAUUACGGAAACUUUUCCUAAAACAGAAGAAGACCACCCCAAUAUAAGCAUUCACCCCUGUGGCCAACAGGACAAGAUGUGCAUCCAGAAGCAUCAAGCCAAGAUACACCGAAGCCAAGGGCAGAGCGGAAAGCAAUUUACCAAGAACACCAACAAUGCCCCCGUGCCAGAAAUCCACUUGGGUGUGUGUCAGAAGGAUCUGAACAGAGCUCUGGAGAAACUCGCUGCGUAUCAGACCAGAACCCAGGAGGAUUUCCUGAGUAUUCCUAUACCAAAUUGUGACCGCAAUGGGAAUUAUAACCCUAAGCAGUGUCAUCCGGCUCUUGACGGACAGCGGGGGAAAUGCUGGUGUGUGGAUCGAAAAACAGGGGUGAAGCUCCACAUUCCGUAUGACCCAGUCCUGGAUGCAGACUGUCAGCAGAUCAAGAUACUUUCCUCAGUUAAACCUAAGCAGAGUCUGGAAGCAUCGAGAGCCAGACGGACCCUGCAGCGCGGCGUCACCGCUAGAGUUUGUGGCGGGCCUAAGGCAACGUAGCGUCGGAGCGUUCAAAUGUACAUAUCUACUAUGUUUGAAAUUAAAUGUGAACAAUAAAGACACUGUUACAUUAUUCA